AUGAAAACCAAAAGCAUCGAUAUUGGUACCUCAAAUACUGACACUACUACCAAAAAUGUUGACAUAAGUACUAAAAAUGUUGACACUAGUACUAGAAAUGUUGACAUAAGUACUAAAGAUGUUGACACUAGUACUAGAAAUGUUGACAUAAGUACUAAAGAGGUUGACACUAGUACUAGAAAUGUUGACAUAAGUACUAAAGAUGUUGACACUAGUACUAGAAAUGUUGACAUAAGUACUAAAGAUGUUGACACUAGUACUAGAAAUGUUGACAUAAGUACUAAAAAUGUUGACAGUAAUACCCAAAAGUAA